GGGACCCGGGUCAAGGCAGAGGCCAGAGCCAGGGCCCCGCUGGGAGGGAGCCUGGGACCAGGCAUCUCCAUGGGGGCCCAUAUUUAAUCGGGUGGCCCCACCAUGAAGAAGGUCAAGAAGAAAAAGGCCAAGGCAGAGGCCCGGCACCGCCGGGAGUCCCUGUCCCAGCAGACUAGUUCAGACUCGAGCACACAGCCCAGCUCCGAGGUCACGCAGCCCAGCUCUGAAUCCAGCACACCCAGCCAGCCACAAUCAGGCCAGCCUCCCAGCACCCAGCAGCCGAGCCCCAAGCCCAGCCCACCGCAGCAGGAAACCCAGCCUCUCCCAGCGCCGGAGGUCCGCCUCUCCACUGCGAGCCUUUCCAGCCCCAGCCCCGGCCCCAAUGUGGCCUCUUCGCCCAGGAAAGCAGGACCUGUGAUCUCCGUUGCCCUGCAGCCCUGCUCCUGGGCCGCCUGCCCAGGCAGCUCCACUUGCUGGCGGCGUCUGGGGCUUUGCCACAACCGUAUCUUCGAUGUCCUCCUGCCUCGGGACUGGCAGGUCGUGCCAGGGAGAGGACUCCCCAGCCUGCUCACCUUCUACAGAAAAUCUCCCAGAAAACACUGCACUUCUCGUAACUCACGUACUGCCAGCCCUCGGAACUGUUGCUGUGGCCCUGGGGGCCCUGGGGGUUGCCUACUACAUCACUGAAGCCUGGUGAGGAAGCCCAGACUCACACCCAGCAGGUUUCUCUCUGCUCUGCAAAGGUGACCCAAGGAUCGGGCCAAAGAGAACAACAGCAAACCACACAGGAGGUCCUGCCUGAGGCUGGAGGAGACCAGCCGGCCUCCUAGGUGACAGGGCCUCAGAGAGCGCCUGCAGGUUUCCCGGGGUAACUAAGGCAGGAUGACACUCCUCGCCUCUGCCUGUGUUUCACCCCCUGUUACCUUGGGACUCUGGGACAAAGCCCUGCUCGGCUCCACAGGAAGUCAUACUAAUCACACAGGGAGCAGCUGUAUCACCCUAAAUUUACCAGACUGGUUUCAUCCCUAUUCAAGAGCCAGGACCCUCAGUAUUUGCAAAGACAUCUAGUGGCCAGCUCUUACAAUGCCCAUCCCAGAUGUCCCAGGGAUGGACAUCUCCACUCCUUGCCCCAAAGCUGCAAGCCCCUGGGAUUCCAGAAAACCAGAGCCUCACAGACCACCCCACAAUGAGGUCACCCCCAAGCAGGGGUUAUUACCCCAUGACAGGAAGUGACAUCAGCUCAGCGGUUGAACUGCUCUCCCAUAGAGAUGAUUGCUCCCCAGGCCCUCAGAGAACACCCAUCAGCCAGACUAGAACUAACCAGAUCAUCAGGGCUGCCUAGCACCCCUUCUUUCCCUUCCCCUGUGUGAGCCCAAAGUUUCAGGCCCUGAAAGACAGCUCUUGAACAACCUUAUCUGUGCUUCCCAGCAUGGCAGUAUGGGGGACUCACACUGUACCCCCACCCUGGCCCUUUGCCGAAAGCUCUGGGCACAUCCAUCCAGCUGCCCAGCAGGUCAGAGCCCCGAGCACAGCAGAGCUGGGAAGCCAGGGCUUGGCAUGGAACCGGGCGAGUUUCCCUCUUGCACUGCAGCUCCUUGGAAACCAGGGAGAAGGAUACCCCUCAGUCCAGCAGCCCCAGCUCUUGGCAAAGGCAGCUCCUUCUCCUUGGGCAGAGGGGGAGGGGGCCUUUCUCUUCCUUCUCCCAGGAAGCAGCAGACCCAGAAAGACCUUAUUCAGGAGCCCGCUAUUGAAAGCUUCCUGAAAAUGCAAAUUUCUCCCAAGUGGAGCCUUCUUUUCAAACACUGUCAAGUCCCCGGUUCCCACCUUCCCACUAGGAGCUGAGCAGGAUUCAGUCCACACCCCAAGAAUGCUGGCCUGAAAGGACAGUAGGUGCCAAGGUCCGCUGGACAGUGACACGGCACAGGUGGCAGCUGAAGGCUCCAUCCUCUGGCGUCUCCCUGUGCUGCCCUCGCCCUGGCCUGCACCUCCCUGUGUGCGCUGCCCCCCUGCAGGGCCAUGUUCAUCAGGGUGUCCAGGAACAAGGCAGGAUUGUUGCCACUGGCCAGAACGCCAGCUGGGGCCUGGAUGAGCCCCUGAC